GUGAAUAAUGUCGGUUUCGUGAGCGGUGAAAUUGCAGCCCGUCCUCCCGGAUCCUGCUGUGACCUCCCGACAGUCUGUGCAAGAUGGCCGCCUGAGUGCAGAAUUUACACCUCCCAAUAAAACUAAUCCAACAGCUAGCUCCUCGCUCAACUUUAACCGCCCUCAACCGACAAUGAGACGACGAUACUGGCGACGUUUGCUCCUUCUUUAAACCGGAAUAUGAGCCUAACCGCCGGGGCCGCCGCCGCAGAGAUGGAAUAAACCAGCGCCGGAAUAGGAGGGGUUACGGGCCCUUUGUGUUAGCCCAGCAUGGACAGCUUCUUUAAGGCAGCUGUUUGUGAUCUGGACAAACUGCUUGAUGAUUUCGAGCUCAAUACCGAGGAACUCGACUGCAAAUCUGUUUUCCUGAAGCCGUCUGUGUACCCUUUUUCUUCACUGGGUUUGUCCUCCGAGGCGUCCCCCGUCCCUCCAAACCUCCCCGACCUCAACUCUCUGCAUUAUGGCUCUGCCACCAACUGUCCUGACCGCUCCGGCAGUCAGAGCCGCAGCCCCGAUGACAGAGAGGUCAAAGGUCAGCCUCUCACCGCCGUGGACCUGCUCUCCUCCGUGGACCGCCGGCCCGCUCAAAGCUCCGCCCCUCCCUGCCCCGACAGAGCUUUGAAGCCGGUGUGCGAUCUCGUCAACGACACGAGCUCGGCCAUCCUGGUCAGGGCCAACAGCCACGAUGCUUUCAGCGAGCUGGACGCGGUGGAGAAGCAAAUGGAGGAGGAGGAGGAGGCGCUGCUUGUGGACUUUGACAGCCCUGUCGUCACCGUCGGGGAGCAAGGACGGCCGAGCCAAAGCGGCACCGACGAGCAGGCGGCUGCGGGGAAAGACGAGCUGCUGGGUUCAGAUUGUAACGCGCAGAGCGGCGGAUACUCGGCCUCGCUCAGCCUGCUGGACGUCAUUCUUCCUGCUGCAGUGGAGAGGAGCUGCGAGUCCGCAGAUGAUUCGUUGUCGUCAAGGACCAACGAGUCCGCUGACAAGGAGGAGACGGGCUGUGAGGAGGCGGUAAACCAAGAGGUGGAGAACUCUUUAGACCACUGUGAACCAGAGGUCGCUCUGCCUGUUGACGUGGAUAAAGAGGACGAGCCACAAGAAGCCUCGGAUAAAAGCGAGGCCGAGUCUCCGGUCGGUCUUAAGUCGGAGGCGUCAGACAGCGAGCCGGUGGGUUUGUCCUGCCUGCCCAUAGCUGUGUCCAUGUGUGGCGCUCUGGUGAACUCAAAGACAGCAGACGAGGAUUCGGGGCAAGCUUCAGAGCAGUCCGACGAGGCGGACGUCUCUGAGAGCACGGAGGCAGACUCCCUGUCAGCACUAGAAGCCAGAGAGGACCGUUCAGAGGAACCUGUGGACUCGUCAGCGUCCGAGCAGGCUGCAGAGGGCAGGGCGUCGCCAGAGGGCCAGCAUCUCGCCCUCGAACCUGCUGCCGUCGUCCCUCCUGCAGACCUCGCCCCCUGCGAACCCUCAGAACCCAGCCCGGUUGAUCCUCCAGAGUUUGGCUUCGAGUACCUGCCUGAGAGCGACCAGGCUGAGCUGCUGGUCACAGACGAGGAGUUGGACGCGUUCCUGCAGGCGCACGCAGAAGCAGAGCAAGGUGGCGGCGUCUCGUACUGCAGCAGCGCUAAACCCGAGAGUCUCUCGGAGGAGGGCAGGCUGGCGGAGGGGGAGCUGAGGAGCUGUGGCAGACAGGAGGAUCUGGAGGGUCUGGCUUCUCCGGAGAGUGACAGGACAAUGUGUGUGUCCGUAGAGGGAAGUUUUAACCCCGGUGCUCCCUCACAAGACUCUCCUAACCGAGAGGAGCCCGAGCUCUCCUCUGGGGGAAACCACUCUGAAACCAGCAACACGUUCCAGUCCCAGCACAGCAGUAGCCCCGAUCAGCAGCCCUCCUAUGGAGGAGCGAGACCUAAACAGCUACACUGCCAAACUGCGAGAUCUCCACCAGCAGGGGAGGAAGGAGAGGAGCAGGCUCAGACUCUCAGCGCUGCAGAGGAGGAGGAGAGUUCACCCUCGAGUCUUACAGAGGAGCAUUCCAACAUCAGGGAUCUGAGCCCGAUGUACGCUACUCAGGAGCCUCAGGAGCACAGCGUGGGGUUCGAUGAACUGUCAGAGCCCCCGCCGUACCCCGGGGAGUCGCCCACAGAUGGCGCCAGGCCGGCGAACUGGAAGAAAGAGGGAGCGGAGGAGCUGGGGAGCAAACAGCCUGCCUGGGUGCCGGACUCUGAAGCUCCCAACUGCAUGAACUGCUACCAGAGGUUCACUUUCACCAAGAGGCGGCACCACUGUCGAGCCUGCGGGAAGGUUUACUGCGCGGUGUGCUGCAACAGGAAGUGUAAGCUGAAGUACCUGGAGAAGGAGGCUCGUGUGUGUGUCGUCUGCUUUGAUACCAUCCACAGAGCCCAGGCCCUGGAGCGGAUGAUGAGUCCUUCGGGUCCCAGUCCAAACCCCAACGUCCCAUCUGAGUACUGCAGCACCAUCCCCCCUCUGCAGCAGGCUCGAGCCGCCGGCACUCUCAACUCUCCUCCGCCGACCGUCAUGGUGCCUGUGUCCGUUCUCAAACACCCAAACAACGACAGUUGUCCUCGUGAACAGAAGCGCGUGUGGUUCGCUGAUGGCAUCCUGCCCAACGGAGAGGUGGCAGACACGACCAAGCUGUCUGUGACGAGCCGCCGGAGCUCCCAGGAGUUCAACGCCGUCUCUCCAGACCAGACGCCUGGCUCGGCAGGGUCAGAGGUCGGAGUCGGUGGCUCCUCUGCUCCCGAAGCCUCUGGGGCUGUGGAGGUGGUUCGACCUCCGCUGUCCGGACCCUGGGACUACGCCCUGCUCUCUGGGAUCGGAACUUCGGUGAGGAGGGUUCCCAGUCUGCUGCCGGACAACGAGGACGAGCUUCCCCCUCUGCUCAUCACCACUGGAGAGGACGAAGCAGGAGAUGUUUUGGUCGAGGAAAGUCCGGCUCCGUGUCAGAUUCGGCACUUACUAGAGGAGGGAGGACCCCGACCGCUGACGUUUGUCCUGAACGCCAACCUGCUGAUCAAUGUCAAACUGGUCACAUACUCCGGCCGGCAGUGCUGGUGUUUCGGCUCUAACGGGCUGCAGGCUCUGGGACAGAGAGAGCUGGUGUUUCUGUUGGAGUGUUUGCCGGAAGAAAAAACUCUUCCUAAAGACCUCUUCACGCUUUAUCUCAACAUUUACCAGGAAGCCCAGAGAGGGAAGUUCUUGGAGGAGCUGGAUAACGUGACGUUCACGAGCAGUUUUCUGGGCAGUAAGGACCACGCCGGGAUGCUCUUCUUCUCUCCCACCUGUCAGCCUCUAGACGGCCUCACUCUGCCUCCGCAGCCCUUCCUGUUCGGGCUGCUCGUCCAGAAGCUGGAGGUGCCGUGGGCCAAAGUCUUCCCGCUCAGGCUGCUGCUGCGGCUCGGAUCUGAGUACAGCGUGUAUCCCACGACAUUGAUAAGUGUCCGUUUUCGGGACUCUGUGUAUCGAGAGACGGGACACACCAUUAUGAAUUUACUGGCUGACCUGAGGAACUACCAGUACAGUCUGUCAGUGGUGGAGGGCCUGAGGAUCCACAUGGAGAUGGGCCACAGCUACAUCGACAUCCCCAAAAGCAGCUUCAAUGAGAUGCAGAAGGUUGUGAAUGCAUCCAACGAGCACGUCAUCAGUAUCGGAGCGAGGUUCAGCUCGGAGGCCGACUCUCACCUGGUGUGUUUCCAGAACGAGGAGGGAAACUAUCAGACGCAGGCCAACAGCAAGCCUGGGAAGACACGCACAGUGACUGGCGCCAGUUUCGUGGUGUUCAAUGGAGCCCUGAAAGCUUCCUCAGGCUUCAUUGCAAAGUCCAGCAUUGUUGAAGAUGGUUUGAUGGUGCAAAUCCCUCCGGAGACGAUGGAGUCUCUGCGCGCCGCCCUGAGGGAGCAGACGGACUUCCACAUACCGUGCGGCAGGAACGAUGGAGGGGAGCUCCGAGAAAACGUCACUGUCCGCUGGGUCGACUGGAGUUCACCUGUCAACACGGGCAAAGCGAGCGGCGUUGACGGGAGGCCUCUGGAUGGCGUCGCCAGCGUGAGGAUGCAGCAGGACACGGAGUUUGAGUCGGACGGUCGCAGCAUCAGAUGCACCGAGGUGUUUUACCAGCUCAAGACUCCAGACUGCAGCCUGGCGUCGGUGCUGUCGUCCUGCAGCGUGUUUCAGAAGGAGAUGGCUCUGGCCGCCUGCAGCGCUCUGGCUCCUCACCUCGCCGUCCUCACCUCCAGCGGCAUCAACUCGCUCUCUCUCCGCAUCUCCACACAGGCGGAUAUGGUGGAGUACCAGGCCGGCUGCGGGGGCAGGCUCCUCCCUCAGCGCUACAUGAACGAGCUGGACGGCGCCCUGAUCCCCGUCAUCCACGGAGGUAGCGCCAGUGUACCACAGACUGCCAUGGACAUGGAGUUCAUCUUCUACAUCACACACACCAUCUAACACACGCACACACACGCAGGCACACUCGAGAAGUAUUAAACCGAAGGUGGUUGAGCACAGAGAGCGACGCUGUUGAUUUUGGCGGGACGUUAAAACAACAGCUUUUUUUUUUUUUUUGCACAGCUGGACAGUCGCAGAAGACACGCCGGCACAACAUUCCCACUCCGAGGUCGGGGGAUUUAUUUCGGAGGGAUGUAAACUGAUUUUUUUUGUUAAGGAGGCGUCGUGCGUUUGUGUUUUUUUUCGUGCUCACCAAAGCUGCUUUAAAUACAAGAAGCCAAACACUAAAAAAACAACAACAAUAUGACCAAAAUACAACCAAAACCAUUUUCUUCUUCUUCUUCUGCUCUGCCUUCCAGGCUCCCCGCUGGCCUCCGUCAGCUCGGAGCACCUCAGUGAAUGUUUCCCACAGACACUCCGCCGAAAUGUCUCUCAUCUGGAUGUAUUUAUUAUAUUUUAAUACGGGCUUUUUGAAUGAAAUGAUAUUAAAGUAAGGGACAUUACUGGCUGCAGUAUUCAGUACUUCAGAGGGUGAGACGUGUCAUCAGGUGCUGGCCCCGUUCCUAAAAACACGCAUCUCCUCUCAAGGUAUAAUUCUUAACAAACGCUUGGUUAUGAAGAUGCUGCACAGAAACACGCUCGGCCUCAUAAAAGUCCGAAAUCGUUAAAACUUGAGCGCUUCUGGCAGGAGGCUCGCUGUGUGUCAGAAACAGGUUUCAGAUGAGGCUCAAAUGUGUCCGAAAGGUUGUUUUUGUCACUUUUUACGAGUGAUAAUCAGCCGUCUCGAGCUUCCUCUUCAUUCACACAUUAUUUUGCUGAACAUGAAUGUGACCGGUGCGUCCUCCUCCUGGAUGAAACUCCUUUCAUUUUUUUUCUGCCGGUUUUUACUCAUUUCUGUCACCAUCGGCCUCUGCUGUAUUUUCACCGUCUUUUUGCUCUUUGAUCGAGCAGCUGUUUUCUUUCACCGCCGAUCAGUAUUUCUCAGCUCAGACUCCAAAUAAUUUUUGUUUACCAUAAGCCUGUGAAACUUGAGCAAAUUGGUUUGUUUUGGGGGGAAAAUAAAACAAACAAA